AUGCAGAGCAGCCAAAAAGGAGACGACGAUCGUCGUGACUUGCACGUUGUUCUGCCAAUGGAGUGGCUGCACUGCCGGAUUCUGCAGCCAAAUGCCGGCAGCAUGACUAAGCCACUCGUGCAGGAUCAGCUGUGCAGGCUAAACCUAAGGUGGUCUAGCGGAUGCAUCUGCAAGCCAUGUGACCCGCAUUUUACUGCAACCGAUCGGAAAGAAAUCAGAGAACAAACCCGAAAAGGAGCAAGCAGCAAAACUCAAAGCGGUAUCUGCCACCAAUCACAGCUCAGGGAUGGUCACACCGCCCCCGCAGGUGACCCUGAGGCCGAGCAGCCCGAGGCCCUCCGAUACGGCCGAGAGCCGAUCAUCCACGCAACUAAACCGCACUGGGCAGUUUUGCAUCAUCGCAACCACCACACUAAUUUCUCAAAUCUGAACCCCGCUUCUCCUAUUUCCAACGGUGCUGGGUCUCCUGCUUUCGGUUCAUGGAAAACACCCCCUUGCACUGCCCCAACCGUUCGUGUGCCCCGUACGGAGGAGAUCUCCGCAACCGUCCACAGAUCUCGGCUCCCGAUCGCCGCCAUGACCUCUUCCCGCUGCGAGGAACAUAGCCUUACCACUGAGAUCCCUUUGAGCAUCAGCACAGAUACCCCACACCGUGUCUAUUCUUCUGUCGAUAUGUCAACCCGCAUGAGCGAUGGCGAGGACAACAUCGCGGACGAUGACUCCGCGUACGGCGAGGACACCUUGAUCGGCGAUGACACAAUCACCUUGUCCACUUACAUCACCGACUACCGAUAUGAGUAUGGCCGUCGCUAUCACUCGUAUCGUGAUGGAGCCUACUGGGGCCCCAACGAUGACAUCGCCAAUGAACAGCAAGAUAUGGCGCAUCAUAUGUACUGUCUGACUCUCGACGGGAAGCUACACCUAGCACCCAUUUCGAAUCCACAGGCUUUUUUGAGGUCUCCUGACUCUUGGAAAGCCCGAGUCGACAACUGUCUAAGAAUGAAUCGCAGGAAAUCCUUGAUGUGGGUACGGGAACCGGGAUAUGGGCUACUUCGAUUUAUUCACGUGCGGGAAUUGUUUGGCUGCAUACCUGAUUGGGACGAGUUCUUUCGGCAAUGCUGGCGUUGCCUCAAACCCGGCGGUUACAUUGAGGUGGUAGAGCAUUCGGUCGAGCCGGUCGCGGAUGAUGGGACCGUGCCCCCAAAUCACUUCUACCGACUCUGGGGACAAACCGUCAUUGGUGCCGGAGAGCAGUUUGGCAAAACCUUCAAAAUCUGGGAACAGAGCGCCGCACGUCUGAGGGAUGCAGGUUUUGUUGGCGUUGUGGAAAACAAGUUCCAAUGGCCAAUGAACGCGUGGAGUGCAGACCCCAAGCUCCAUGAACUUGGCCGCUGGAACCAGCUUCGACUGCACGGUGGGGUAGAGGGCUUCAUGCUUCGUCUUCUCACUUCCACGCUGGAAUGGUCAUACGAGCGAGCGCAGGUGUUCCUCGCUCAAAUGCGCGCCUCCCUGCGCGACUACCAGACCCACGCCUAUCUACCAGUGACCGUUGUCUACGCUCGGAAGCCUGAGAAUGGUGCUGGUUUCCGAUAG